UGGAGCUGAACAACCAAGUGCAAAAGGGCCCUACGUAGCCUCCCAUACGGCACACCAAUACCUUGUUGAUUACAACUCACCAGUGAGGACAGACAACCCACCUCUCUCUCUUUCACAUGUGCAAGCUUGGCAUUUCUUCAUCCCUUCUUGCUGUCAGCUCCAAACAGAUUUCUGGAAAUCUGAGUAUCAUAUCAGAAAACAUGAAUAUCAAGCUCUGAUUUGUCGCUCAGCCAUUUCAGUUUUUCGCUAGGCCUUCUCACACCCUUCAUCAAGAGCCCUAGGCUUCUAAGAUGGAUCCAUAUACCCUUCUUGAUUAUGCUUUGUUGAAGCUCACUCCUACUAGGACAAGAUGCGAUCUUGUGGUAGUUUCUGGUGGAAAAAGUGAGAAAUUGGCUUCUGGGUUGGUGGAACCUUUCGUUGCUCACUUGAAAUUUGCGAAAGAUCAGAUUUCAAAGGGUGGGUAUUCAAUAACUAUGCGCCCACCCUCCACUGCUCCGUCCUGGUUCACAAAAUCCACAUUUCAAAGAUUUGUACGUUUUGUAAGCACACCCGAAAUUCUUGAGAGGUUUAUGCGGUUAGAGAAAGAGAUUGUACAGAUUGAGAGUUCCAUUGAUUCCAAGAGCCUCUCAAUGUCAAUAUCAGAGGAAGGGACACCACCACCAGCUGAUGGAAUCGCUACUAAGGAAAACUCUAAGUAUCGCCUCCAAUGUCUUAUGGAUACUCGUAAGGCAUUGCUUAGGAAAGAGCAAGCGAUGGCUUAUGCUUGUGCCACAGUAGCAGGAUUUGAAGUGGAGCAGAUGGAUGAUCUCAUAUGCUUUGCUAAUGCUUUUGGUGCCACCCGCCUAAGGGAGGCAUGUGUUGAUUUCAUAGAACUUUACAAGCAAAAGCACACAGAUUGUCAAUGGAUGGAUGAGGUGAUAGCAAUGAAGGCAUGCUCCCAACCGGAGCUGUCAUAUUUGGGGAAUUCAGGGGUUGUAUUAGCUUGUGAGAAUGGGAAUGGGUCACUUGUGCGUAGUUGCUCCUUGGAUACUUCAUCUGAUUCAAAGGAAAGCCAACAGAACUUUGAUAGUACUGGAGAUAAUAACAUGGCACCACCAAAUCAGACGCCAAUAUCAACAAAAAUGCAGAUGCAGAUGCCAUGGCCAAACCAAAUUCCCCCUUACAUGUACAACUUUCAGACCCCCAUGCAACCAAUGCAUUUCCCUGUCGGUAUGCAUCAUGUGCCUCCAUACUAUCCAGGCCAUAUGCAAUGGCCUCAAACUGUUGAUGAUUCUCCAAACGGCACUAAACAUCACCACAAGUCGUCAAGGAGAAAAAAGGAAAAAGUUUCUGAUUCAGAUGCUCGUGAAAAAAGUUCUGAUUCGGAUGAUGAAGAAGUGAAAUCAAGCAGUACUGGUUCUGAAUCCGAUUCGGAUGAAUCGAAAAAGCAAAGGCGACAUGGUAGAAAGCACAAGAAGAAAUCCUCUAAAACAGUCGUAAUCCGUAAUAUAAAUUACAUCACCUCUAAGAAUGGCAGAUCUGAUGACUCUUCGUCGGUUGAAGCCACCUCAUCACUUGAUGAGAGUUCUAUAAAGCAACAGGUGGAUGAUGCAAUAUCACUUCUGGAACAAGGCCACACCAAUAAAAAGACUCAUAAACACAGCAGAAAAGGAAGAGAAGGGCAUAAUGGCGGUGUUGAGAACUGGGAUGCCUUCCAUAGCAUUCUAAUGAGUAGGGAAGACGAGGAAGAGAAGGAGAAGCAAAAUGGUGUGUCGUUAAUUGGCGAAGACGACUCAAUGGUAAAAGGUUCCAACAGAUUUGAUUCUGAGAAAAUUAAUGGGAAACAUAACUUGCCUUGUGAUGAUUCUGCUAUUGUGACUGAAAGAUACGGAGGAGGGCAUAGUGGUGAUGAUUGGUUCGUUGUGAAUACUAAUAAUUCUGGGACUUUAGAAAGAGAAGGGGCAAAGGAUGCGAUUUUUGAAAAUGGCGACGUUGAAGCUAAUAGUAGAACAGCUAAUGCUGCGACUAUUGAUGAUUCUUUCAUAAUACAUGCUCGUUCAGUAUCAAAUGACCAGUGGAAAACAGACAUUCACAUGGAUGGAGACCUCAUUACUGAUCAAGUUGUUUCCUCACCAGCCAACCUAGCUUCUAGCAAUGAACCUAAUGAUCUGUGUGUAGUUGUUGCCCGGGAUCCUAGUUCGGGACCAGCUGAGGGGUGUUGGAUGCCAGGAUUGGAUUAUGAGAUCGAAGCUUCUUUUGUGGAGAGGCCUAAUAAAAGCUCCCCUUGUAUAGAAGAACCAAAUGGUGGUCAGGCUGAAGAAAGUCCUGUUAAGGAUACCAAGAAAAGCAGUAAAAAGGAUUUAAGUCCUACAAUAAAAAAACCCAUGAAGGAUAAUACAAAGUCUAGGCUCUAUCCGGCGUACCUCUCAAGGAACAAGGCUGACCCUGUGUCGAAAAGCAAGAAAAUGUCUCCUACAAAUAAGCUGGCAGUCCUUAAGACCAAACUAGAAAGGGAGGAGGAGGCGCGGAAAAAGAUGGAGGAGUUGGUGAUUGAAAGACAGAAAAGAAUUGCAGAAAGGACUUCUGCUAGUGGUCUUCGCACUUCAGGACCUAAAAAAGGCACAGCUGCCACUAAAACUGCUCCUGGUAAGCUGGAAAAGCCUAAGCUUCAGCCACUAAAGAGAGCAUGAAUCCAUAUCAUAGCACACAAUGUCAGAAUGUAAAGACUGAAACUUUUUGAGGUAUGGUUAGACAUGUUCACAAAACAGACACCUUAUGUUCCAGAAUGCCAUAUACUUUUUAUUGCAAUGUAAAGUAAUGAAUGUAAAUAUAUUCAUUGAAUAAUACAUAUCCUAUAUCUACAAGGAUAAGAUACAGAUAUUUAGUUGUGUGAUAUGCGUCAAAGACUCUAAUCUUUUCAUGUUGCAGCCUGCAGGCUAGCUUGGCAGCGUGAAUGUCAUUCAAUUGCUUGUUUAUAUAAUGUGUGAAACAUCUUUUAUAUUUAUUGUACUUGUAGGAAAAUGUAUUCUUUUUCACCCUUCUUUGUAGUUGGUGUUUCUCUCCUUUUAUACAUUUUGAGAAAUCUCGUUUUGAUGGCAUGUAAUAUUUAUGCAGAAUUACACUCCAAUCUUUCAGAAUUACAAUUUCCUAUCCCGGACUGGCUGGUCCUGGGGAGGGGAGUACAGGAACAAUGACCGGGACCUUUAUUUCCAGUCCUGGGCUUAUUCCUGUCCCCAGCCUGUCCUGGUUCCGGUCUGGUCCGGUUUUUUUAUUUAUUAUUUAUUUCUUACCGUCCUAUCAACCCAUUUUCAGCUCUUAAAUUGAUUUACACCUCUUUUAAAAUGUCUCUAACGCAGUAACGCUUGAAAAAAUGCAUCUAACCGGUUGGGGGCUGGUCUCGGUCCCAAAAAUGGCAGCCUAGGACUGAUCCUUGUGUAGUAUGUGUACUUCCCUCGAAGCCGAUCUCCUUACCGAACCACCUCUAGUGAUUCUGGUCACAAGAACUAGCCAGUAUGGUCCUGAAAUCCGAAUUAGUCCUGGGAUCGGGUCCAUCACUACCCAACAAUAUUUACUAAAUAUGAAUAAUUAAACUUCUAAUAAUUGACAAACAGCCCUAG